UAACAAACAGCAUUCGAUAUUCAAUUUUGAAACAUAACCUAAACAUAAGUUUCACAAGUUUUUCAAUGUUUCGUUUUUAUUCCAAAUACUUCUAUAGCAACAAUAUUAGUUUCAGAAAUUUGUGUCUUGUCACCAGUAGAAAGUUUUUACACUCUUGUUCGGAGCAUAAAAUCGGAGAUGAUAUUGCAAAUUCAACUGUAAUAGAUGGAAAAAACACACGGUCCAAUUCUGUUAUUACAGAAACUGGAGAUUUUGAUCCAUCGGAAAACGAUUUUAAAACAAUCAAAAAGAAGAAUAAAACUGCUCUUAAUAAAGCUACCAGUGAAUUGAUCAACUCAAGAGAAUCUCUACGAAAAAUGAAGGAUUUGUUCAAGCGGAGUUUCGAAGAUCAAGCAAGGAAUGGACCAUCGUAUUUAUGCGAUGAAAUUGUAGCACGAAACGUUUGUGAAUCGAUCAAAAGGAACAUGACCUCAACAGACCUUCCCGUUUUGGAAUGCAAUCCAGGUGCUGGAUUUCUCACAAAGGAGCUCAUUGAUGCAGGCAUAAACAAUCUCCAACUCUUUGAACCAAAUUCUAUUUUCUUCUCAUAUUUGACCGAGAAAUUUCCCGGUUUACAAAUUCACAAGAAAAAUGUUUCGAAGCUGUGGAAGCUGUUAUACUUGGAUGGCAUAGAUGGUGGUACUAGAACGGCCGACGUCUUUUCGGGCAUUAAAGCUAGAUCUUGGGAUGAGGAUCCUUCUUAUUGCCUCAUAGCUGCUAUAGACGGUACAAGUUUCGUGAAAUCCUUCAUAAUUGGAACAAUGGUACAAGAAAAUAUGUACCAAUGUGGGAAGCCCGAGUUCUACCUUAUACUAGACCCACUCUCCUAUGCUACAUUAACUAACAGAGGUGAUUUGGGUAACAGGAUCUACACUCCUCUGUCAGUUCAUUUCCAAAAUACGUUCAAUACCGAGCUGCUUUUGAAAAUACCUCGCAACGCAUUUCUGCCCGUUAAAAAGUUGAAGAUUAAUAAAAAGUCAUCUCACUGUAUUCAGCUUGCUAAGGAAGAGGGCGAUUUACUGUAUUUGAUAAAAGUGACGGGUAGACCGGAACUCGCCAGGCUUCGAGAUUUGGAUCAGAUGAGUGCCUUCUACAAUUUUGUGUCACAAGUAUUCAACGUCAGGACUAACCGACUCAUACCGUUUUUAGAACAGUGGAUUCCUGGCUGUGGACCAAAGUUGAUCGCCAAGGGUUACACGGUUUACACUCUGACUGGUGAAUUGAAGCCAGAGGAGGCUUACAGUAUUUUCAUGGACAUUUGUCUACCAUAUGAUGAUGGACUCACGUUUAGUUCUGGCUUGGGAAAUCUGACCUUGAAGAAACCUUCCAACGAGGACCUAGAGGAGUACGAUGACCCUUGAGAGGGAGAGAGAUGAAUUUUGGUGUUUCUAUCUCUCUCGGUGAUCGGGAAACAUGAUGGACGAAACCUAAAAUCGAGACAUAAAACCUAGAUGAAUUUCGGUGUUUCUAUCUCUCGGUGAUCGGGAAACAUGAUGGACGAAACCUAAAAUCGAGACAUAAAACCUAGAUGAAUUUCGGUGUUUCUAUCUCUCUCGGUGAUCGGGAAACUCAAUGGACGUAAUGCUGAAUGGAGGACGUAAAAGUGAACGAAAACUUGGUGAGAACUGAAAAUGUUUCCGUAAACAUAAAACUUGACGGUGAAUGGAAAUUUAAGGCAGAAAACUUGUAGUGGACUGUUUCUAAGAAAGUUAUGUUUAACCUUGAAAGUAUUUCGUUCCAUAGUGAAGUCCACGUUAUAAUGGCAGUGGAGAAAUAUAGGAGAAAAACGUUGUCGAUCCUCUGUCUUGUCAAUGCCUUCUAUAGACGGUUGCUGAUACAGGUUUAUUGAUGUAAUAUUUUAUCGGUUCAUUCUCGUUUAAAAUAGUUAUAUUUUGAUAAUCAUCAUUAAACGAAAAUCCCAAUCAAAUGCUGUAAAUCACCCCGAAGACUUCUGCUACUGCAAUUAAUGACGACAGGGUAAACAGCAUGAUGGAAAUUCGAUGAGCGCUACUAUACAAAAAUUAUUUGUCAGCCCGGAAUCGAACCCAGUACCUCCUAAUUUCCGGUCAGGAAUGCUUACCCUUACGUGUAAGAUAAAACAUUUCUGUUGUGAAUAUUUGCAGUACCUAGCCCGGGAAUCGAACGGUAAGGGUCAGUAAGCAUUCCUGACCGGCAAUUAGGAGGUACUGGGUUCUAUUCCCGGGCUGACAAAUAAUUUUUGUAUAGUAGCGCUCAUCGAAUUCCCAUCUAGCUGUUUACCCUGUUGUCAAUAUUUGCAGAAGCAGAAGUCUUCGGGGUGAUUUACAGCAUUUAAUUGGGAUUUUCGUUUAAUAAUAAUUAUUAAUUAAUUAGCAUUUGAACAAAUGCAACUUCCAAUUUAUUUCCAUCAGUAAUUAUAUUUUAUUAAGCAAGAAAUUAUAUUUUUCAAUCCUUUCAUAAUGAAUUUUCUUAAGUAAGAUGAAAUAUUUUGUUAAUUGAUUAUCAAUUCUACAUUGUUAAAAGACAAUCUGGCAACAGAACAAACCGGGAAAGAGAUAGUGCUAUCCGCUUUGUUUAAUGAUAGAGAAGGAUAGCAAUACCAUUGCUAAUCAAACACUGCCAUUGUAACGUGGACCUCACUAUAAUCAUUCUGACAGAUAUGACCAUAGAGAAACAAUAGCGUAAGUAGAUAUCCCAUGGUAUAGGGCGUUUAUGACGCAACUUUUACUGUUAACUCUAGCCGAUUACUGUCGAUUUUUACUGCUUUGGCCGGAUGUGAGUGUAUGAACGGCACAAUAUGAGAGACUACCAGCUUCACUGGAAAGAACUACGUGGACUAUCGGCUUGAGAUAACUGUAAAAGUUGCGACAUAAAUGCCCUAUACCAUGGGAUAUCUACUUAUGCUAUUGUUUUUCUAUGAUAUGACUUGUUAGUGUGCUUAAUCUUUCAGAUAACAUAUUUCGUAUCCCAUGCAUUCUCUGAGCUUGAAUUACGAAGUUCAUAGGUAUUGAAUCUAUUUUUAUUGUCAUCCCACGCAUAAAUCAAAGACUCAUGUUGGAAUCAUUAAAUAGCUAAAUUAAAUGUAUCACAAAAAAUGUAUUUUCCAACAAAUAAACUUCAUUUCAUUGAUUA